GCCGGCUGCUGCUGCCCCCCAAGAACGUCGAGGCGUUUUUCCUGCACCCGAGCGGCUCCAAGGGGCUCGAGCGCCAGAGGGUGCUGAUCAAGCUGGGGGACCAGCGGGGUCCGUGCGAGGCCGACGCUCUCCGUGCCCCCCCCUACGCCAACGUCACCUCCCUGGACGACGUCGUCACCCCCCGGUUCCUGUGCUCGGGGGGCCACGAGCCCCAGCUGGACCCCAACGCCUGCCCGGGUGACUCCGGUGGCCCCGUCGUCGUCACCUGGGGGAAGCGACACUUCCAGGUGGGCGUGGUCAGCUGGGGCGUGGUCCCCGCCUGCGAGCUGCGCCGCGCCCCCGGCCACGCCCGCGAUUUCCACAUCAACGUCUUCGAGGUUCUGCCCUGGCUGCGGGAGCGGCUGCGCCACGAGGACCUGGGAUUCCUGUCCUAGGGGGCACCUGGGGGCACCUGGGCACACCUGGGGGCACCUGGGGGCACCUGGGAUACCUGGGCUUCCUGUCCUAGGGGGGCACCUGGGCACACCUGGGCACACCUGGGGGCACCUGGGGUACCUGGGCUUCCUGU